CUCCCUGGCUUUCUGACCCCAGCCUGGGUGGCAGGGGCCUGCCUGUCUGCUUACCUCCCUCACAGCAUUUGCAGGGAGCUCAGAGUCUGCUUUUGGUUAGAUCUGGGCUGCAGGAGCCCCGGGCGAGGGAAGUGUAGGCAGAGAGCUAGGAGGUCCACUACAAGGGAGGGGAGCCUCGUCUGCGCAUGGACCCAUGAGGACCCGGGCAGCCUGGCAGGCCCGUCCUGGAGGCCGAGGGAAAGGCUAGGGCGAGUGAGAAGGACACAAAAUUCUACGGUGCUCUGCUGGCGGGACUGCAGCUAACGCCAGGGCCAGCCCUGGAGCUUGGUGCUGGGUCCUUUUGCCCCAGGAGACCACCACAUCAGAGCCUUCCCUGUGCAGUGCUGCACCAGGGCCCAGGCUCUCUGCUGCGGCCUUGCCCUCUGUUUGGGGCAUAGAGUUUGACAUGAGUUGGUAGUAUACUUUCUUUUUAAAGAUUGAUUGAUUGAUUUGAAAGUCAUAAUUACACACAGAGAGAAGGAGAUGCAGAGAAAGAGAGAAAGGUCUUCCAUCCGUUGGUUCACUCCGCUAUUGGCCACAACGGCCAGAGCUGUGCUGAUCUGAAGCCAGGAGCCAGGAGCUUCCUCCAAGUCUCCCAUGCAGGUGCAGGGGCCCAAGGACUUGGGCCAUCCUCUACUGCUUCCGCAGGCCAUAACAGAUAGCUGGAUCGGAAGUGGAGCCACCAGGUCUCAACCAGCGCCCAUAUGGGAUGUCGGCAUUGCAGGCAGAGGCUUUACCUGCUGUGCCACAGCGCUGGCCCCCAGUAGUUUAUUUUCUCAUAGUGGAUUCCCCUCCAGAGCUCCUUCUCCAGGGCACACCAGGUAGGAACCAGGGAAGUUGGUAUAUGGGGUCUAAUGAUGCUUGUGCUGCUCAUUUAAGCCUGAGCCCCAGUCCUCAUGCUUGUCUCACUUUGAAAGCUGUGUGGGGCCCUUGGCAGAUCCUCCCCAGCACCCAACAGUGCAGUAGACGGGCUGGCUGGUGGGACCAGAGGGCUGGGAAAGGCAGCUUGCCACCCGGAAAGCAGUGUUGAGACUGGGUUCUCCACACUGGUAGUGACACUUCAGGAACACAGCUGUUCUUCCCAAGUCAUUUUGUAGUCAGUACAGUUUUACCAGCAUCCAAACCCAUGCAUAUGUCUCCGUGUUAAUAUGUUUAAAAUACAUAAGCAUGUAGUUUUUGCUUUGAAGUCAUUUUAACUACUUUUUAAAUUUUAUUUACUUGAUCAAGAGACCAAGAGAGACAGGUAAACAGAGAAAGCUCUCAUCAGCUACUUCACCACCCAGAUGCCUGCAGUGGCCAGUUCCAGGCCAGGUCAAAGCCAGAAGCUGGGGGUUCAGUCCAGGUCUCCCAGGUCACCAAGCUAAUUCAAUCAUCACCUGCUGCCUCCUGGGGUGUGCAUUAGCAGGAAGCUGGAACCAAGAGCCAUGGCUGGGAUUGGAACCCAGGCAAAAAGUCUUAAAAGUAGUCCCACCCCUAAUGCAGCCUGCUCUGUCUACUUCCUAGUCAGUGCACUGUUUCUUUCUCCUGUGGCAGUCUUGCUGCCUGUGGUGCAGGAAGACAGGUCUGUGUCCUCCUGUCUUAGCAGUUACCACUAGCCUCCUCCCUAUUGCUGCAUCACUUUCGUGAUGGCCUCGUGGUGCAUUCCUCCGGGCUGAUACUGAGACUUCCAAACCCAGUUCUGAGGGAGGGGUCACUGCAGAACUCACCCUUCCUGGCUAAGCCCCCUCUGUGUUGUCCUCGUUCCUACUCCCGAGUUGGUAGACCCGAGACACCUGUUAGCUUUGCUCAGGGAUGGCUCCAUUCUUCCAAGUGAACACAAGUUCUCACCUGUGGAAAGUACACAGAGCGUGGGAGAGGGGCCAGGUAGUCUGUGGCAACCUUGCUGGCUCAAACCUGGCAGGUCAUCCGUGCCCACUUCCCCCUCCAGGCGGAUACCAAUAGUAGCCGGCUCUUCACUGUUAAUGACGUCAGAGUCGGAGGCUCCAAGUAUGGCAUCAUCAGCCUGCGCGGUCUGAAGAUGCCCACGCUGCAGGUGCACAUGCACGAAAACCUCUACUUCACCAACCGUAAGGUGAACUCCGUGUGCUGGGCCUCGCUCAAUCACCUGGAUUCCCACAUCCUGCUCUGCCUCAUGGGGCUUGCGGAGACUCCGGGCUGUGCCACGCUACUCCCGGCAUCACUGUUUGUCAGCAGUCACCCAGGGGAGCGGCCUGGCAUGCUGUGCAGUUUCCGCAUCCCUGGCGCUUGGUCCUGCGCGUGGUCCCUGAACAUCCAGGCAAACAACUGCUUCAGUACCGGCUUGUCUCGGCGGGUCCUGCUGACCAACGUGGUGACGGGGCACCGGCAGUCGUACGGAACCAACAGUGACGUCCUGGCGCAGCAGUUUGCUCUCCUGGCUCCCGUGCUCUACAAUGGCUGUCGUUCCGGGGAGGUGUUUGGCAUUGAUGUGCGAUGUCCUGGUCAAGGCAGUGGCUGGAAGGCCACCCGUCUGUUCCACGACUCGGCCGUGACCUCAGUGCAGAUCCUCCAGGAAGAGCAGUGCCUGAUGGCGUCAGACAUGGCUGGAAAGAUCAAGCUGUGGGACCUGAGGACCACCAAGUGUCUGAGGGAGUACAAAGGCCAUGUGAACGAGUAUGCCUACCUGCCCCUGCACGUGCAUGAGGAGGAGGAAAUCGUGGUGGCAGUGGGCCAGGACUGCUACACAAGGAUCUGGAGCCUGCACGAUGGCCAGCUGCUCAGAACCAUACCCUCCCCGUACCCCACCUCCAAGGCCGACAUUCCCAGCGUGGCCUUCUCCUCCCGCCUCGGGGGCUUCCGCGGGGCGCCGGGGCUGCUCAUGGCCGUCGGGCAGGACCUCUACUGCUUCUCCUACAGCUAGCCCAGCAGCACGCAGCCCGGAGGACCUUGGACUUGACUGAAAGAGUAAAGAGUGCUUUGCUUCCACUU